AUGGCAAACAGUGAGCGAAACAAAAAGAUCUUACUGGAACUACUGAAACUGCCGGACAACAGUGUGUGCGCUGACUGCGGUGUGCCUGAUCCGGGCUGGGCGUCCUACAAGCUGGGCUUGUUUGUGUGUCUGAACUGCUCUGGCGUCCAUCGCAGCCUGUCCAACCGGGUCAAAUCCAUAAAACUGGACUUUUGGGAAGAUGAGCUGGUGGAGUUCAUGAAAUCCAAUGGCAACGCCAGUGCCCGAGCUCUGUACGAGAAAGCUGUUCCAGCUUAUUACUACCGGCCCCAACAAAAUGACUGUGCUGUCUUGAGAGAGCAGUGGAUUCGGGCCAAAUAUGAAAGGACGGAAUUCAUAGGAGAAACCAAGUAUCCACCUCUCUCUUAUACCACAGGUUUCUUUGAAGGGAUGCUGUGGAAGAAAGGGAAAGAGAACACGCAGUUUUUAAAGAGGAAGUUUGUGCUGUCAGAGAGAGAAUUUACUCUGACCUACUACAACAAGGAAAAUGAGUCCAAAGGCCCUAAAGCUGUAAUCCCUAUCAAGGACCUGAAUGCCACCUUUCAGCCAGAGAAGAUUGGUCAUCCUCACGGGCUGCAGCUCACCUACCAAGACGACAAUCACACCAGGAGCCUCUAUGUUUAUCACGAGAGUCCUGAGGAAAUAGUCACAUGGUACAACGCCAUCCGUGCCGCUCGCUACGCGUACCUGAAGACGGCGUACCCGACUGGAAGCGAUGAAGAACUGAUACCAAAGAUAACAAGAAACUACCUCAAAGAGGGAUACAUGGAAAAGACAGGGCCAUUGCAAAAGGAGGCAUUCAAAAAGAGAUGGUUUAUUUUGGACUCCCAAAAUAGGAAGUUGUUCUACUUCAAAGGCAAGCUGGAUGCGGAGGAGUUGGGCGUCAUUUUCAUCGGCACGGAGAACAGCGGUUACUCUGUGAAGGAGUGUGUCCCAAAGCAUACUCGGGGAAACAAGUGGAAUUAUGGUGUUUCCGUUGAGACGCCUGAGCGACAGUUUGUCUUCAUGUGCGAACAGGAGAGGGAGCAAAAAGAGUGGCUGAACGCCCUCAGACAGGUCCUGUCCAGGCCCAUGGCACCGCAGGAUUAUACCAUUGAAGCAAACAUCAGGUAUAAAAAAUGAACUACUGAGACGUAUGACAACAGGAUGGCGAUGAGACGACAGCAACGUUUGAAAACACAACUGACUGAAGUACAGCAGCAGAACAGAUGAACAGUGACCUGCUGUCAGUACCGACUGGUCACCAUGUCGCUCCCAGUAUGGACUCCCAUCAUCUGUGUUGUAGGAAACCGUCGCACUGACUGCGCACUGUGGAUUAAAGACUUCAAUCCUCUCAUUUCAA